AUGAACACUUCGUCAAUCUGCUCCACUUCUUCACACGACGACUUCACUUCGACUUCGAAUCCACUGAUCGAUGAUGCUUUUUUGGUACUCGCUCAUGAUGACGCUAUUGACGUCGUCGUUACGUUUCAGGAGAUCUUACCAGUUAAAUUUACACUGAUACAGCUUGGUGAGUACAGUCGUAAUAUUGCGGAGAUGCUCGAUCUUUUGUGGGGCACCAAGAGAUGUCGCGUCGCAUCCGCUCGCGCAACAUCUCCAGUGCUACUCAUGUCGGCUGGUCUAAUUUUGGCUGCCUACGUCACUGGUGGAGAAUUCGCGCGCUCGAUGACCAUGGCACACGUGGAUAACGAACAACGUCCGAUGUCGAAUGGGUGCGAGAACAACGGCGACGCUAUGCUAGAACCGAUGGAUCUGAGUGCACCGAUGCCGAACGGAACGCCAUCCAAGUCGACGGCGAACGAAUUUCCCGAUGGCCAGUUGUCGCCAGCAUCGCUACGGCGUCGUAGUACCCGUGCUAGCGCCCUUAAAGCCCAAGAGAAAAUCAAACUCAAGGAUGACGUCGUCGUGUCGACUUCUGUGGAGAAGGAAGAGAUCGAAGAGACCGGAGAGUCAGCUCCAAAAAAGCGCAAGCUGCACGACGGAUCCGCUUUUGACCAGUUCAGCCACAAAUUCGGACUACGGGAACAGGAUGGCAACGUGUAUCCGCUGACAGACGAAAGCGAAGUCUCUUCGUUGCAUGACAGCGAAAUCAUCACUCUCAAGGCCAGCUAUGAUAAGUUGGUAAGCAAGGAACUCACCUCCGAACAGCGACAUGAGCGAACUCUCAUGAUUAAACAAUGCGAGGCAGAGUUACGAUUGGAAGAAGCGAAGUUAACGAUGCUGAAGAAAAUUAAAGCUAGCCAAAUGCUAGCCACACAGAAGCUCCAUGAAGCAAAGAAAACUGUACCACAUAUGUCUCUUAACAACGCUGGUGGUGCUUAUAAGCCUCUGGUUGCACCUCCGUUGCAUAAAAAUGCGUCAACACCUGCUAAUGGAAAGAGCUCAGUUGCGUCCUCGCGGCCGAAUCCAGUUCUUGGGUUGGCAGGGCUUACACCACAGCAGCAGCAAGAGCUGCUUCGAAGCGCCCAAGCAAACCCUGCAGCCCUGCAAGCACUGCUCAUGCAAGCUGCAAAAAGCGGCCAAUCGCCUGCUCAAGCACUGGCCGCCUUGUUCGCAAAUCAUGCCUCAACGUCAUCCCAGGCUGCCACUAUGGCUCAGCAACUCAAAGAGCAACGAGCUAAAGAAGAGCAACUGUUGAAGGAGCAGGCUGCCGCUGCUAGUCAGGCGAACACUGCUGCUCAACAGGCUAAGCUGCUCGCUGCACAAACGCCUCAACAACGUGCUGCAACCGCACGACAAGCCUUUCGAAUGCAGGCGGAUAAACAGUUGAUGCAGCAGAUCUCUGCUCCUAAAGCUCCGCCGAUCGACUUGUUUUUCAUUCCAAAUGGUUCGCAACCGGAUUUCUGCUACCUCAUCGGUUUGGAUCUCGUCGUUCAACGGGUACUUAAGGAUAAGAACGUGUACAGAACUGUUAGCGAGGUACCAUACGAGUGCGAGGAGUGUGGCACAGAUUUCACUCCCUCUUGGAAAGCUAUAGGGACCUCAGCUACGGAUAUGCAUCUGUAUUGUGAACAGUGCGUCAGAACCGCUCAGAAGCGGAAAAUACGAACAGAUCACACAAAUGUGCUCAAAAAGGCUUACAACAAGAUUAAUAGCCAAGAGAAAGAAUUCGAGAAGCAAAUCGCUGAUGGGAAGCUUGAAGCUGCUCUAGCAGCAGCAGCACAAGCACAUGCUGCUGCCGCUGCUGCUGCGGCUUCGUCAAGUGGUGCAUCCACGAGCCAGGCGCAAAACUUGAGUACGAAAACGUUACCGAGUGCAUUGGCAGCAACACAACAACGUAGUGGAACUAGCACCCCUACUGUGCGGAAAACAGCUACACCGGUUCCACAGUCCUCCACUCCAUCAGUAUCUAAGAUAGGUGCAAGUGCUUCGUCGGCGUCAAGUACUCCAACAAUGAAGAAGUCAAAUAGUGCUCCAGGACUGAGUAUGGCAGCAAUGCAACAACAGAUGGCAGCCAUGCAACAACUUGUUCGCGCCAACCCUAUGAUGGCAAUGGCAGCUAGUCAAAUGGCAGGAGCCGCUGCAGCUGCUGGAAACCCUAUGGCAACUAUGAUGCAGCAGAUGUGGAAUCCUAUGAUGCUACAAGCAGCUGCCACUCAAAUGCGUUUGCAACAACAGCAAGCGCAACACCAGGCAAACCAACCAAAUAUGGCUAUGACUAUGCUUGCGCAAGCUGUUCAGCACGCACAGUCAUCAGGCUUAUCCGGUCAGAGUAGCAAUCCUCUUGCUCAACUCGCUGCUGCGGCGGCGAUGAACCCUGCUUUGAUGAGCAAUCCUCAAUUGUUACGACAAAUACAACAGAUGCAGAGCCGUGGUUUGAUCGAAUCUCUUCGAGGGAAGAAAUAA